AUGAGGAGGGCAACGUUUGGCCCCACCAAUGUGCCGCUGCUGCCGGAGCCCAGCAAUGCGGGCUCACCAGUAUCGGCGGCGCAACGUCGGCGGAUGUCUGACAAGACGGCAUCUGGUCUGGGACUAGGAUGGAGCAAAGGAUACCUUGGCAGCGUCUACCGAGCCAAGGCAGGCUCUCCACCGCCGGGGAUAGCACCCAGACGACGAUCGGCCCUCACGCGAAGGAAUGUACUGGUCUGGUUGUUGCUCGGACCGGGACAGAGAGUGUUAUUGCUCCUCAGCGUGUUCACGCUUGGCAUCCUCAUCUCGCCCUACAUAUCGAGUCCGGACGAGGGCAUCACGAGCUUCACAGAUCCGAACGAGAGCAAGUAUGCGCCCGUCAAGAGCUGGGCACUUGUAGAUUUCGUCCUCGGCACGUCGAGGAAAGAGGCGGCUCGGCUUCAAAAAGCACAGGCGAUACUCGAUCGAGUGCUGCAGCCAAUAGAAGGCGAGGAGGAGCCAGCCAUACCCAGCUUGACCAGCCGAGAGCGUGACAGUGUGCUGCCCGUCUUGCCGCCCAGCUCAGAGCCUAUCGACGACUACAUACUUGACGGUAACGGCCUGCUCUAUUUCCCCAAUAUCCCGAGUGAAGUCGAUCCUUCCAUCGAGGAUGCCGCGCAUGCUCAGCGAUCUUUCCAGACGGCAGCCAACAAUCCUGCAAACAUACGCCAUCCGAUACUGUAUCUCAUAGAGCGCGCUGAACGCGAAUGGGACAGCCUCUUGUCGCGACAAAGCAAGUCACUCUCGGAAGCGGUCACAGAAUAUCGACGGCGAUAUAAGCGAGCGCCCCCACGAGGGUUCGAUAGGUGGUAUCGCUUCGCAAUCGCUCGCGACGUGAUCCUCAUUGACGAAUAUGACAAUAUUCAGCGCGAUAUUGAGCCAUUCCAAGCUCUGCCUGCUCACACCCUGCGCAAACGAUCAGACGAAUUGUCUGGAGAUCGGAGCAGCCCAUUCUCACAGUCUCUUUUCACGAUCCGCAUACGACAGGGCGAGAUCAAGGCGGUCACUGGACCAGAGAGGCAGCAUUCUCGCGCAGAAGAUCAAGCGGGUCUCAUGGAGCCUUUUGUUGACGGUCUGCCAGAUCUUGAUAUCAACUACUCUGUACACGACGGACCGUCCAUCUUGAUACCCGGCGAAGCUCGUCAGAGGCAUCUCUUGACUGCGCGUACAGGCAGUAAGCUUGCGCCUCUACACGCCGACGAUGUACAUGACACUGCCGACUUUCCCGGCUGGCAUCGUGCUUGUGCGGUGGGCGCCCCCUUGCGAAAGGCUCUCAUGGGCACAUCGGAUAGCCAGGCAUUCAUGCAGUCACCUAGCUUUAUCUGGCAGCACGAGCGCGCUAUGGAUCUCUGCCUUCAUCCCGAGCAACAGUACAAACACGGCUUUACAGCUUGGCAAGGCCCCGGACCUGCACGCCUGUACCCCCUCUUCUCCUUCUCGAAGACGUCCAUGCACUCUGAUCUUCUCGCUACGCCGCUCGAGCAAUUCGGCAGCAGAGUGGGAGAUGAUCCACCGUGGGAUGAGAAACCGUAUGACUCCAUGCUCUGGCGAGGAUCGUCGACGGGAGCUGACCACAGCAAGGGCACGCUCUGGAAGAGUAGCCAGCGCGCUCGCCUGGUCGCACUCGGCAUGGACGGCUCGAGGAACGCGACAUUGCGAUGGGCAGACGGAUCGGGGCGGCUCAGGCAGACUGUUGCUUCUUCGCAUGCGCUCAAUACUGCUUUUCUUGAUGUCGCCUUUGCAGGCGAACCGACACAGUGCAACCACGGCGAUGGCACUUGCGCGAUAUUGAAGCGCGACUACCGUUUCGAAGACAGCAUGGGACCGAGUGAAGCGAAUCUGUACAAGUUUGUAUUCGAUACAGAUGGCAACGGCUGGUCAGGUCGAUUCCAUCGGCUGAUGUCUUCGAAUGCGCUCGUGCUCAAGAGCACGAUCUUUCCGGAAUGGUACAAUGGCCGUAUCAUGCCCUGGUAUCACUAUAUACCCGUCAAGGUCGAUCUAGAAGAUGUCUACGACAUCAUGGCCUUUUUCACCGGCGACCUUAGCGGUAAUGAUCAUCACGAAGCGCUCGCCCAGCAGAUCGCCGCGCAAGGCAAGGCAUGGGCUGAGCAACACUGGAGAAUGGAAGACAUGCAAGCCUACACUUAUCGACUCUUGCUCGAAUAUGCACGCGUUAUGAAUCACGACCCACAAGACCCAACGAGCUGGGAUUUCGAGCUCUGA